AACAUCACCCACAUCAAUAUCUAUCUACAUACUCCAUGCACUCAAUCAUGGAAAACCCUUUCCGAGCAUCUCAAUCAUUAUCCCCAGCCAACGUCGACUCCAACUUCAACUCUUCUAACUCAAACUUGCACACAUCUCACGCCACGACAUGCCAUGUCGCACAAAUUCUUGCGCGGAAAGGCGGAAAGCCCCUGAACUAUUGUGACUGCCCAUUUCUAUGAUGAACACUCCGACACGGUGUUGUUGGCAUCGCCAAGACUGAUCCCAAUACGCAUUUCACGUCUUGACAGAGAGUCUACGGUCCUUUUCCUCUCCGGGACUUCAUUUAUAGGAUGCCUCGAAGACUGCGCUCAUAAUGCCAUGAGUGCUUUCACUUCCACCCCCAUCAUGGCAGAGGCCAUGCGAAGUUCUUGAUGUUUGUUGAUCGUUCCGUUCUCACGAUAUUCUUCCUCAGAAACCCCUGGAGCGUUGAUAUACGGUACAUUGGCCGAGAGGUGGGUGUGGGUGCAACGAGGGGCCCUCGACGCACUGGCAAUGCGCACAACGACAGCAUUCUUAACGGGUCACGGUGAAUUGCAUAGCCAAGGGGGCUCUACCGGGGAAGGGGUCCUGGUCCAGGGCUGCAAGGCCCGCCGGCGUGCAGAUGCAACCAUCCAUGACAGUUGUCUCUAAUGGAAAGGACCAAUCUGCAUUGAGUGGAUGUCGGAGCUCUUACUGGCACAGGCGCGCGUACCGGGGCAAUGGUUGGAGUCUAGCAAGCUUUCACGAUCAGGCGCGGCAUUACGUACCUAUCGAUAAUGUCACGCGCAGGACGCGUGGAUUAGAUCGUGCCGCAGUAACGAAUGCUAGGUUAUCACUACCAGUCACCCACGGGCUUAAGCCAGACUCUUUCAGCGCUGCCGCGGCACAAUUAAGAAUGCCUAGUUAUCCCCUCGCCUACAAGUACAAGACCACCAAAUGAAGCACUAGCGUGCACCACUCCAUUGACUAGUCAUAAAAAUGGACAAAAAGCAAACAAUCAGAGAUAUUGAUAUGGCUUUAUGUACCUAGCUGAUCUUAGAUUGGCAUACCUCGCACAGAUGCGCGCGGCCCAGGGGUGGUGUGACGUCGCUGUGAUUGUGCCCAUGGUGAUUUAUUUCAGACUCCCCAGGAAAUGAAUCCGCCGCAAAAGCGAAAUGAGGUGGACUCAACGUCAAUACUGUUGGACGAAGGUUGACUUGAAACGCUGUCACAUCAAGUAACAAGUUCUAUUCAGCGGCACGUUGCGGCGUUGAGAGGCACGGGACGGGGCGUGUUUAGUGUUUGGCAUCGUGUGAAUGCCGCUGGGCCAAGGCGCCCUGAUCAAAGCCGAAGUCUCUGGUUCAAGUCUUGCUACAUCAGCUUGAUCCUUCAGCCUAGCUAUUGAAAAUUGCUUAUACUAACUAUUCUGGCAUGGUUCCUGUUUUCCUUCAUUUUCAUGGCCAUAGCUACGCACCACACGACUCGCGACACUAUAACAACUUCAAAUUUGAUUAUGGUGUCGAUAAUGGUGGGGGUGGGAUAUCGUUGAAAGGAUAGCCGAAAGCCUUGAAUAUUAACAAGACGCAAUAAUUAAAAAGUUUAUGAGGUGGCGGUCUCAUCAGUGCGGGGGUAGGAUUAUUGGUGAAAUCCCAUCACCUCCUCCGAUCAUUGUGUAAUUAUACACAGAUACAGAUGAAGUUCGACAUUCAGAUUACAGACAUCUGCGUGGCUGUCACCCUCAACAUCAACCUGCAGGACUCACCCAAGCAGUGCCUUGGCUACUUGGCCAGCAGAGCGCACAAGGACGACUGAAGCUGCGAGGCUGAGGAGAAAGCAUGAAACAAGUCAAGUGUGUCGCCAGUAUCAGGAUCAGCCCCUUCCCUUGAUGCUCAUGGGCUUCUACAAUCAGCCCCGAAACGCAUGUUUGUCAAUUACUAUGUCAGACAUCCCAU